AUGACUGAUAUACUUUGUAAUUGGCUCAAUAGUGAGCUGUCAAUUUCCAAACAUGUUGAUCAACAGUCCUUUGCACGAGACUUCUCGUCAGGUUUUUUAAUUGGUGAAGUAUUAAAUAGAUAUCAGUUACAAGAUGACUUUGAUCAAUUUUCACAGAAUACGCAAUCAGAUGCCAAACUCAAUAAUUUUACGAGGGUGGAGCCAAGCUUACAUCUGCUGGCUAUUCCAUUUGAUACAAACAUUGCUCGAGAUAUUAUGACAGAAAGACAUGGGGUGGCUACAAGAUUAAUGUAUCAACUAUACAUAGCCCUAAAUAACAAGAAAAAAGCAAAUCUUACAGGUGUUGCCAUGGAAACAAUGAGACCUGCUGCUCCUGCUAAGCUUAAUGCUUAUGAAACUCUGAUGUAUAGAGAGAAAUUGAAACAGAAGACUCCUAGACAAACAGAUUUGAACCUUGAAGCUCUGGUGUCAAGAUUCCACGAGAAACAGAUUACAAUGGAGAAAAUAGAGUUUGAGAAGAGAUUUAUAGAAGAGGAGAGAAUUAGAGUUGAACAACAAAAUCAACGCCAAGCCUUGUUAGAAAGAUCGAGAAUUUUAAAAUCUAAACAAAGUGAAAUGGUGGCUAAAAUACAAGCUGCUUCUGUUCAUAUACCUAAACCACCAGCAUCUAAAACAAUUCGAGCUGCUGAGAUCCGUAGAGAGAAUUUGAAAAAUAAAGAGGCAAAGGUACGAUUAAUCAGAGUAUUAUUUUUUAUUUCAUAUUUUAGUGAAUCAAUAGAUCUGCAAUAUUUGACAACUAAUGAGGAUGAUAAAGCAGUACAAGAUACUAUCAAUUUAAUUAUUCCAACAUCAAAUGAUGAGUAUAUUUCAAAAAUACGAACACGUCUGCAGGAAGAUGCCUCGGCCAGGGAGGAACGAGAAAAAAGACGGAGAAAAGUUUUAGUUGAUCAAAUGACAGCUCAUGAAAAUCAGGAGGCUGCUAGAAGAGAAGAGAUACUAGUCAAUAGAUUAAUGAGACAAUCUCAACAAGAACGUAGAAUAGCUGUACAGUUAUUACAAACUAGACAUGAGAAGGAAGUUAUAACACGUAAUAGAAUCUACAGAGAAAAACAAUAUGAAGAAAGAAGAAGGAAAGAUUUUGAAGAUGCUUUGAAUAAAGAAGCAGAAAUGGCCAGAUUAGCUAAAGAAGAAUAUGAAGAACAGAUAAAGAAAGAUAAAGAAUUACAUGAUCAAAUAGCAGCAGAACGAGCUACUUCUAAAUAUCAAAAACAUUAUGAUAUGUGUUCUGAUGUGGUGGAUCAAAUCGUUGAUUUCUCAUGUAAAGUAGCUGAAUAUCGAGAAUUAACCAAUAAUUUAUUACCUGGUAAAUUAAUGAGAGAAUGGACAGCAUUAUUUAUAGCUGGUCAGCCAUUGUUUGAUAAACCUGUAGAGAGUACCGAGCCUACACCAGAACAAAUUCUAGAAGCAGAAAAACAACUUUUAUUAGAUGAAGGAGAUUUCAUGGAAUAUAAGAAUAUGGUAGGAGAAUGGCAGGCACCAGACGUAAUAGAAGCAGCAGCUCCACCUAGAGAUAAUCCUAUAGUGGGUCAUAUUGUUCAGAGAUUGUUCAAUAUAGUUCACCCUCCAUCACCACCUCCACCACCACCUGAGUUUCCACCAUUUCCUAUUAAAGCUUGUAUUCUGGGUAAAGUUUUCAGUGGUAAAACAUCUUGUAUCAACAAACUGUCAGAAGAACACAGGUUACAAGUUCUAUGUGUUGAUGUUUUGGUUGAUCAGGCUGUUGAGGCUCAUAAAGCUGGUGAAAUAAUAGAAAUUACAUGUUUGGUUAACCCUUGUUUCUUUUCUUCCCUUCCCUUAGUAAAGUAUCCCUGUAUUUUUGUAGCAACCCCUGAUGAAGCCACCUCUAAUGAAGCCACCCCUGCAAUUGUUGGUAAUGAAUCUACACCUCCUCAACCAACUCCUUUAUCUAGUGAAAAUGUUGAUGGUAAUUUCUUAGUUCCUACAGCAAGAGCUAAAUUAGGAAGUAAAGUUUUCCGAUUUUUGAAGAAAGGAAAACCAGUUGAUGAACAGUUGAUAGUAGAUAUCUUAGUGGAAGCUAUCAGGAGAGUUCCAGAAAAUACAGGCUGGAUUAUUGAUGGAUUCCCACAAAACUAUAAUCAGGCUAAACUAUUGGAGAAAGCAUUGAGUGGAUUUGAAGAGAAAACUAAGAAAGAACCUGAAAAGAGUUCAGGAAAGCAGAAGAGAUCAUCCCUGGUACCUGACCCCCGUCCUUCUCCCCCUGCCCCAGAACCAGCUAGUGGUAUUAAUGUUGUUAUUGUACUAGAUAUUGAUGAUGAAGUUUGUAUAAAGAGGGCUGCUGGCAGAACUUGGGAACAGUUCCACCAAGAAUUAAAUCCUCCACCUGAAGGUAGUGCUACAGGUGUUGGUAAACAAGAACAAGUUAUUCCAGUACAGGAUAUGGCUCAUGAUAUGGAACAAAUACAACAUAGAAUAACAGGAUUUGUUGAUUCCUGGCCUAAAUUAGAAAAAUGGUUUACAAGAUUUGGUACACUGAAGGUAGUAAAUGCUGAAGCUGAAGAAAGAACUGUAAGGUUGGAGGUGGAAAAAGUCCUUGAAGAUACUUUGAAAAAGGAAAUCAAACCUGAAGAACUACCAGAGGAAAAACCAGAAGAAAUUCCUGAACCUCCUCCUCCUGAGCCAGUUCCUGAAACACCAAAAGAACCAGAACCAGAGAAACCCAAAUCACGUCCAGGAUCAAGAGGCAGAUCUGGUGGUAAGAAAUCACCCUCCAGAACUUCAUCUAAAGAUAAACGUGAGAAAAGUGCCUCACCAAAACGUAGUGCUAGUUCCAAAUCUAAAAAAUCAGAUACAGCAGUUUCUAAGAAAGGAACAUCUUCACCUAAAUCACCAUCAGGUAAAAGAAGUAGAUCAGGAAAGAAAGGGAAAACACCUGAACCAGAACCUGAACCUGAACCAGAAAUACCAACAGGACCACCACCACCAUUACCUGGUUCAGAAGAAUGGGAAUUCGUUGAUCAGAGCAUUGAAUUGGACCUUGCUAAGAUAUUGGCUGAACAUUGGGAAACAGUGGAGAAAUCAUAUGUGAAUAAUAGUAAAAAUGUUUUCCAUAAUAUUAGAGAUGAACGGGAGAAUAUCUAUAGAUAUUUCUAUCAAAUGAGAAAAGAUUAUCUAGAAUAUUUGAGAAGACCCGAUCACAAACAAGAAUUUGUAACACAAUGGCAAAAGGAUUAUAAUGAGGUAUCUGAUGAUAUGAGAGAAGAUGAAGAAACUAAAGCUGAAUUACAUCAAAGAGUUGAUGAUUUACGUGAGAGGUUAUGGAGUAUUUGUGAUGAGAGAAAGGAACAGGCUGAAAGGGAACGUGAAGCUAUUAUUAAUGAUGGAUGGUUAGAUGAUAGAUUAGGUGUUCUCAGUAAUCAAUAUAUUACUCUCAUGCAGACUGAAGUGGACAGGUUCCAGGAUACAGUCAGACUAUUAAAAGAUUAUUAUCGUGGUAUGGAUGGUCAAAUUCCAGAUGAAUUAAAUCAGAAUUACGCAAGAAUACCUUUAGUUGAGGUAAGACAUUUCAAAAUGAUCCAGGAGAUCCCGUUGAUACCAAGACGUCCAGUGUCCCCUGAUCCUGAUGCCAAGACAGGAGCUGGUAAAGGUAAACCAGAAAAGAAAGCUGGUAAGAAGGAUGAUGUACCUGGCAGUGAAAGUCCAGCACCACCUGUUGAUUUUGAUGAAAAGUUGAUAGUCGAUUCUGCUUCAACAGCUGUCAGCUUUAUGUCUCAGAUGAUGUCUACUGAAUUAGCCGCUAAAGAGGCUGAAGAAGAAGCAGAAAGACAAGCUGAGAUUGAGAGGGAGAAAGAACGAGAAAGAGCAAAAGCAGCUGCAACCAAGAAACCAAAUAAAAAGGGAAAAAGUAGAAGUCCUUCACCUUCUAAGAAAGGAAAGAAAGAUUCUGAGCCAGCUGCUACACCCCCUCCUGUAACUGAAGAGCUGAGUGAAGAAGAUCAAAGGAAGAAAGAAACCAAGGAGAAGAUGAGACAAGAAUAUUAUUUCGCCAUUGCUGAGGAAGAAAAUGCUGCUAAAGUAAGAGUUGAAUUGAUCAAGUGUAUAACACUAUUAGUUCUACAAGAUUUAAAGGUGAAAGCAGAGAAUGUUUAUAAAGAUAUGAAUGACUGGCUUGGUGCUAGAUUCCUCAAAGAAAUGGAAAGCAUUGACCAACUGUCUGAGACCAUGAGAUUUGGUAUUGAAAAUAAGGAAAAGAUUGAGAAGGAAUUAUUAUUGGAUCAGGAAGAUUUUAUGCUCAAUGAGGAUCUGAGAGUAUUAAAGUCAUCAUCUAGUGUUUACGAGGUGCAUGAAAAAGAAAAUAUGGCGGAGCUGUUCACUGUGGAUCAGUUGUUAAACCUAUUGAAACAGUUCCUGGAAAUAGCUCCUAAUGGUGUAUUAUCUAAUAAAGGUUUUGUAGAAACAUUAGAGAAUAUGGUUUCAGUAAGUUUUGGUAUGGAAACUUUACCUGAUCAAUGGAUGAAUAUUACUACAACACAGAUUCAAGAGAUUGGUAAUAACUUAGCUAAUGAUACUGAGUAUGUAGAUUAUAGAAGAUUUUUAUUAGCCUUAACCAGACCAAUACCCACGCCAACACAAGCUGAAUUACUAGAAACUUUAAUUCGAUUUGAAGAAAUGGAUCAGAAACUGACUGGUGCUGUUACUAGAGAACAAUUUGAUAGGACUGAGUUAUGGUUCCCAUUUGAUGAUAGUAUAGAAGAAACUGGUUUUGAUAGAUUAAGAAGAUUAAAAGGAGCUUUAUUUGAUAUUUUUGGUAAUCUGUCAUCUUCACCAUGUAAACUAGAUUAUAUUAGUCUGUUGAUGUAUUUUAGUGCUGUACCUAAUUCACAUGAAGGAUUUUUAAGAGCUUUAAGUGUUGCUUCUGGUUGUCACAUGCCAAGAUUAGCUAAACCUACUGCUUCAACAACUGCUGGUACUAAUCUAGAUCAUUCAGCUGAUGAAGGAGGUUUAUUACCUGAAGGAUUAGAUGUAGAAAAAGAUGAAAAACAUGUUGAACCUCCUAUGACAGGAGAAGUUAUACCUGAAAAUGCUAUUGAUGCUAAAGUGCCUUUAGAUGCAUUGUACAAGGUAAACUUACAUAUCCAAGGAUCAAGACAAAUUGGUUUCUAUAUGAAAUCAUCUGUUCAAAUAUGUUUUCAGGAGAAGUUAGCCACUGUGUAUGUUGAACUAGGUAGUGAAGAUUUAGAACCAGUAUUAUAUAGAGUAUUAAUAGAACAUCCUCUUAUACAAGAUAUAGUCACUGCUUGUAAAUCAUUUAAAGCUUUGGUAAGUACUUAUUUUAUGUACAUAUUACAGCUUAAUUUAAUUGUGUUAUAA